AAUAAUUUCAACAGAAAAACAAUUCUUUGACAACUCAAUAAUGGCAACUUUAUUUCGAGUAACCUGUUCAUCUAUUGUAACUAUUCUGUUUAUUCAUUGUUUAUCGUUAAUUACUGUGAUUGAUUGUAAAAAAUCCGAAAUGACCAUCCAAAUGCUAGGUAAUAUGGCCGGUGGUAGUGGCGGUUCUUAUGGUGGUGGUGGAAAUUCUUAUGGGGGUGAUCCAAUGCUAGUUCUAUCGGGAAAAGAUGGCACUAUGAUCGCUGGUGGACCAUGUAGUAUGAUACCGUUUAUGAUGUCACCAAGUAAAAAAUCCAAAAAGAAAGGCCAGGAUAUGAUCAUGAUGAUUGGUAGUGGUUGUAAACGUCAACAAAGUUAUCCAUAUCCACAACCAAAACAUAUUCAAGUACAUGUACAUCCAAUCAUGAUGGGUUAUGGUGGCGGAGGAUAUGGAAAUUCUAUGAGCUAUCCUAUGAACAAUGGAUAUAGUGGAGGUAAUUACGGUGGUGGUAGCAGUGGCGGUAGUAGUUAUUCUUCGGGUGGAUCUUAUGGUGGUAGUAGUAGUAGUUAUUCUUCAGGUGAAUCAUAUGGUGGUAGUAUGGAUGGGGAUUAUGGUGGUGGCUAUGGUGGUGGAAAUGAUGGCUAUAAUAAUAAUAAUGGUGGUGGUGGCUAUUGAUCAUAAUUGAAUUUAAUAAUUAAAAUUGAAUCAUUUUUCUCUUUCCCUUUCCUCCUCUUAAAUUAU